AGUGUGUGAUAGAGGAACUGUACAAGCUGGACCUGUUCUCUGAUCUGCUGGGGGAGCUGGGGGCUCAGAUGGCUGUGGCCAUGACGGUGAGCACCAUUAAGAAGUUCCCUUCAGACAUGAUGAACAUCCUCAGGAAGAUGAUCGUCCAGGAGCCGCGCCACUUCCUGUUGCUCCCCAGGACCAAGCAGGAACUGCUGGUGGACAAGAUGGUGCAGACCCUGGAGAUGUACACAGGACAGUACACGCAGGAAGAGUUCCAGUCGCUGGGUGUCAUGGCGACCAGCGUGGUUGACGAGAUGUUUGUCCAGCUGGAUCGCAUGUUCCUGAUGGACAGCGUGGAGCUGCUGAGAACGCUCUGCUACAGUAGCAGCAAGAGAGACCUGAUGGCCCUCAUCCUGCAGGAGCCAGCCAUCUUUGGACCGGUCCAGAACUGGACCACAGCAGUUCUGAACCAGGUGGAUCGCUUCAUCUUCUUCCUGCCUCCAGACAAGCUGAAGCUUUUACCCCCGGCUUUGUUGACCCAGGGUCGUAUUGAAAGGUUAUUCCAGAGCCAGCGGCGGUGGGAGGUGGAGGAGAUGGGUGCCUUAUGCAUGGCGGGGCGGGACCAGGAAGAGAAGAUGGCGCUGUUUGGCAGAGAGCAGUUCCUGCUCCAGUAUUUCUUGGGUUUCCUCAUCGUGGGCCGACUCACAGCCCCCACACUGGUCCCAAGCUGUGAGAACCUGAAGUCCACUGCCCCCUCGGCCUGGAGCAUCGGCAGCCUGACAGGCAUGUCCAAGGAUGCCUUCACCAGCUGCCUGGAACUCAUCGGCCAGGACCCCUUCCUCACCCCCUAUGACCUCACUGUGCUGUUGAAGAAAACCAAGCAGGUGUAUGGUGCAGUGGCGUCCUUCCCCCCCUCUGUGGUGUCUCGCCUGGGCAGGCUGGCCCUCCAGCUCACUGUGGAGGAGCUAGGGACCCUGAGGCUCUCUGAGCUCAGCAGCGUUGCUGCCCUGGGGUCCAUCAGCACCUGGUCCACUAGACAGCUGCCAGCGUUGUUCUCCUCACUGCUCAACUCCACCAAGCUCAGUCCCAGCCAGCUGGACUCCAGCACUUUGGUGGCAAUUGGGCAUAUAAUCUGUGGGAUCAGCUCCAUCGAAAUGCGCACACUCAAUGCGGUCCAGUUUAGUAAGGCAGUGCUGUGGCUGGGUCAUCUGAGGUUGGCCUGUUCUGAGGAGCAGCUGGCGUCCCUGGUGGGUCUGCUGAGCCACGACCAGGCCUUUGGCCUCAUCAGCUCCUGGGGGCCCCAGGUCUUCAUUGAGAUCGGGGUUUUGGCAGCUGGCAUCUCAGACAUGUCCAUGUCUGCUCUGGUGAAGGAGCAGAUUGAGGGAUUCUCUCCUCUGGCUGUCUCCCUCAUCCCUCCACAGAAGUUUGCUGUGGUGUUCAACCAGGCUCAGAUCAACAUGUUCUCAUAUGAACAGGCUAUGGCGGUGACCCCGGAGCAGCGAGCCCUUCUGUCGGACGUGCAGCAGACAGCUCUGUCCAUGGUGUUAACGUCCUGGGAGAACAGACCUCUGGACUUCAGAGACAGGUCUUCAGGGCUCACCCUGAGUCCCAGUCCUCUGUGUCACCUGCUUGGACUACUGAUGCUUCUGCUUUGGUUGGUCUGAACAGGUCUGGUCUAAACUGGCUUGUCCUGGCCUGGUCUGGUCUGGACCGCCUGACCUGCUGAAUGACUCCCUCAAUGAUUCCGAAGUUGGAGAAUUUAAGAUGUAAAGAUUGUAAGAGAUUAGGUGAGCAAAGACAGUGUAGAGAAGAAUAAAACAUUUUCUCA